AGAAAACAAAGCAGACUCGAAAAACUAGAAUUUCUACUGAACUUCAAACAAAUUCUAUUCCUUAAAGUACAUAUUUGUGGUUUUGGGUACUUAUCGAGUUAAACAUUGGUAUCCGGUCUCGGAGAGUGCUUUGGGGCUUUCAUUUCUCCCCGUGGGAUUUCUCGGCGUGCAGGUUAAAACAUCCAUUCGCAAAUCUACUGAACAUACCACAGUGAAAGCUUCUCGUCGAUGUCUCCCCCGCUCUGAUCAGCACGACUGCAGAAGUGUGAACUAUUUUGACAAACAUCUGAAAUACCUGACAUAUCUGAGUGCUGCUUUAGGACAGUGACUUUCCAAAUUCAUCUAUCAGUACAUUGUUGUUUCAGAGAAAAAGUUAUCACUUUACGAUUCCACUUUGAUUCCACUUUAAAUGGAACAGCAGUUUGUGAAGAGCUGAGAACUUCGAAUAUUUCUUGGUUAAAAUGAAACAUUGCUGGGAAUAUCCUGCAAUCCUUCUGCAACUUUGCUUUUGGCGAUGCAUUGCUCCUUCCUUUAUACAAGUGAAUCUCGGCCUAAGCGUUCCCAAGGGGCAGUCUGCAUUCCUUUCCAAGGAGAAUCUGCAGUUCAGUGUCCCGAAGGAGAAGGACAACUGUAAAGUGGAGGUGGUCAUGAAUGAGCCAAUCACACAACGAGUCGGCAAGCUUACACCCCAGGUUUUUGAUUGCCAUUUCCUAGCCAAUGAAGUGAAAUAUACUCAUAAUGGUUGUCCAAUCCUUGAUGAGGAUCAAGUCAUGCUGAGGCUCUACAGGUUUACAGAGACAGAAACCUUCACAGAAACAUUCAUUCUAAAGGUUCAUCUGCUUGAUUCAGACUGCAACAUCAUCCAGCUGGGCUCAACAUCAUUGGAAGUCCCUGAGUUUUAUGGUUUCUCUAAUGUAAUAGACAGGAAUGUGCUUACAUUUGUCUAUGAUGUGGCAAUGAACCUUGAUUGUACUGUACAGGUUACUACACAAGACAUGUUACUUCCAGCAUAUGGGCAACUUGUCAUGGGGCAGCCUCCAGAGGGUCCAGCUCGUGGUGACCAACCCCAUAGCUUCUUCCAAAUUAUGAAGAAAUCCAAAUGGGGACAGAAGUCAAGCCAGGAUGAUUUGAAGGGGGUUCACACUCUUGAAGUGAACUGUGAAGAGUUUCUGAUACUGGGUCUUCACUACCAACAUCUCCGUCCUCCUUCUCCCGAUGUCGACUUUAUCACCAUUAGCUUGGAACUUGUCGACAGCAGAAGCAAAAAUGUGUAUAAGAAGGAGAAUGCCUGGAUUCCAGUCAGAAUCAGGAAUGCUUUUUCCAACUUUCCUCCAAAGGCGAGUUUUAUUGCUAUGUACAUCCUGGAAGUGGAUCAGUUUAUUCUGACUCCCAUAACCACUCACACCCUGGAUGGUGAAGACAGUGAGAGCCCCAAAACUCAACUUGUCUUCAACAUCACCAAGCCACCUCUACAGGGUUUUAUUACCCACUUAUCUGACCACACCAAACCAAUCACAUCUUUCACCUGGACUGAACUAAAUGAGAUGCUCAUUGCAUUCCAACCUCCAAACAGCAGCCACACUGAAAGGAGGAACUAUGAGGUAGAAUUUGAAGUUCACGAUGCGUACUUCAGGAAAAGUGCACCAAUCAUGGUGCAUAUCUCGAUCAGGACAGCUGAUACUAAUGCUCCCAGAGUUUCUUGGAAUAUGGGACUUGUCCUUUUGGAAGGCCAGUCUCGAGCUAUCACCUGGGAGCAGUUUCAGGUAGUGGAUAAUGAUGCCAUCAGCGCAGUCCGUUUGAUUACGGUGGAUGGUUUACUGCAUGGGCGACUCACUGUAAGAGGUGGGAAAGGUUUUAUGUUUACAGUUGAUGACAUCAAGUCUGGUGUUGUUCAUUACCAUCAUGAUGACAGUGACUCCACAAAUGACUUCAUCGCAUUUAGAAUUUUUGAUGGUAAUCAUAGCACCCGGCACAAAUUUCCCAUUCACAUCCUUCCAAAAGAUGACAGCCCUCCAUUCCUCAUCAACAAUGUCAUCCUGGAACUCUAUGAGGACCAGGAAAUCCAGAUUGAGAAGGUGAUGCUUCAAGCCUCAGAUAUGGACUCAAGCGACAAUUACAUUAUCUUCAAAAUCAUCAAACCACCUCAGGCUGGACAAAUUCUGAAAAGAACAGCUCCUGAACCCUCAGGUUACCCCAUCACUAGAUUUCUGCAGAGUGAUCUCUUUGAUGCUCAAAUCUAUUACCGCCACUUGGGAGAUGAAGUGUUUCAAGAUUCCUUUGAUUUUAUCCUGUCUGACAGCCACGAACCACCAAAUCUCUCAGAUCCUCAGACUGUAAUUAUUCAUAUUACACCAGUGGAUGAUCAGCUUCCCAAAGAAGCACCGUGGGCUGUGCGCCAUCUUGUUGUCAAGGAGACUGAAAUAGCAUAUCUAACAAAGAACCAACUACAUUUCACUGAUGCUGAGAUACCUGAUGGAGAAAUUAUAUAUACAAUAACAACCGGUCCAUUCUUUACUUCAGUGCUUGGCCUGUUGGAUGCUGGCAAACUGUUUCUAACAGACAGCAUGAAGAAAUUGACUAAAGAGUCGAGUAUCCCAAUGCUGAGAUCAUUCACACAGCAUGCGGUGAACUACCUGAAAGUGGCCUACAUGCCUCCUAUCCAGGAUAUCGGGCCAGAUCCACAGCACCUUCAGUUUCUCUUUUCAGUCAGUAAUCAACAUGGUGGUACAUUAAUUGGCCUGUGCUUCAAUAUUACAGUUCUCCCAGUUGACAAUCAAGCUCCAGAGAUCUUGACAAAGCAAUUGAAUGUUGAAGAAGGAGGAGUAGUUCAGAUUACAGUGGAUCAUGUUCUGGUGAUGGAUUUUGACACAAAAGAUGACCAGAUCAAGAUCAUGGUUCAGAAGCAACCAGUGCAUGGAGUGGUCAAAGUGGAUGGCGAUCCCAUGAUUGAAGGGGACAUCUUCAAUCUAAAAGACCUCAGGCAGUUAAAAAUUAGUUACAAUCAUGAUGACUCUGAGACACUGCAUGAUGAAGUCACCUUUUCAGCCACUGAUGGUUCAAAUUCAGCUGAAUGUGUUCUGGAAAUCCAGAUACUACCAGUGAAUGACGAGCCUCCAGUGAUGAAGGCUGGCCUGAAGCCCGUGUUGUAUUGUUUUGAAGGGGCAGAAGUCACCAUCACCACAGAAAAUCUCUACGCCAUUGACCUGGAUAGCGACGAUGAGAGGCUUAUGUUCAUGAUUGCAAGGCAACCAUUCCAUGGAGUGGUACAGAAAGAUAGCCAAAUUGUUGACCACUUCUUUCAGGCAGAUAUCCUUUCAAGGACAGUGACAUAUAUACACACUGGUGGUGAGGUGGGGUUAGCACCCUGUAUUGACACCAUUACUUUUGUCAUCUCGGAUUGGGAUGGAGGUACAGUAGAAGGCUGCUGCUCUGAGGAACCACUUUCCUGUCUGUUACCAAUGCACAAUUCUCUCCCUGUGUAUGAUCUUAACGUUACUGUAAUGCCCAUCAACAAUCAGCCACCAACCAUUAACAUUGGUGAAACCUUUAUUGUUGAAGAAGGAUCGUCAGCUGCUAUCACUGUCAGCCACUUGUGUGCUAGUGAUCCAGAUACUGCUAGCGAUGAACUGAUUUUUGUCUUGUGGUCUCCACCCCAGUUUGGUUACAUAGAGAACACAUUACCUUCACCAGGUUAUGAGAAGAGUAAUGUGGGCAUCAGCGUAGAUUCCUUUGACCUGAAACACAUGAAGGAUUUGCACAUCAACUACGUUCAGUCUCAUCAUCAGCGUAUUGAACCAACAGCAGAUCAGUUUAUGUUGUAUGUUACUGACAGACAGCAUCGCUCUAUGGCAGUGCCAUUUUAUAUUAUAAUCCAACUGACAAAUGACGAGGCUCCAAGUUUCCUUGCCAGAAAUAUCACGGUUUCUGAAGGCCAAGUAUGUGAAUUGGAUCCAUUAUUAACCAAUGUGGCAGAUCUAGAUGUACCCCCAGACAGCUUGAUAUUCAUGAUAAAACAGCAGCCCAACCAUGGAAAGAUCGUGAAUGGAAUAUAUGGCAACAAUGUCAUCCGCUACAAACAUCAAAUCCACAGUCAUGAAGACCGUCUUGUGCAUGACUUCACGAUGGAUCAGUUGAAGCAAGGGAUGAAGUUAAUGUAUAUGCAUGAUGACUCCGAAACUAGGAUGGAUAGUUUCACCAUUCAGCUGUCAGAUGGCAAGCAUACAGUCCACAAAAUCAUUGAAGUCACAAUUCUUCCAGUGAAUGAUGAAAAACCAUUAUUGAGCAGAAACAGUGAGUUGGAGGUGGAGAUUGGGCAUAGCAGAAUCAUCUCCAGUGCAGUGCUGGAAGCUGAGGAUAAGGAUACUUCACGACAGCAUGUUUAUUUCAUGAUGGACAGUGUCCCCAAACAGGGAGUGCUCCAGAUCAAGGUAAGUGGCAGAGACUGGAUGCCCCUGCACCCUGGCAUGAACUGUAGCCAGGAUGACAUAGACAUGAACCGGCUGAGAUACAUGCACACUGGAGCAAUUGGGUCGACUGGUCGAGACAGCUUUCAUUUCCACUUGUCAGAUGGCGAUCAUAGAUCUUUUGUCCACCGUUUUCAAAUCUCUAUCCAAAACGUUGAAAAGGGUGAAAUUGCCAUUUUACUAAAACCACUGACCGUCUUCAAGGGAGAGCGAGGCACUUUAACAACAGCCGUCCUUCUUGCCUCUGAUGGCUCAAACAAGCCCGAAGAGCUGCUCUAUGUCAUAACAGUGCCCCCAAACUAUGGCCAAGUAGAAUAUAUCACCUACCCUGGAGUGGCAAUAACCAGUUUUAGUCAGAUGGAUGUGGCAGCUCAGAUAGUAGCUUAUACUCACAAAAGAAAGGCAGCAGCUACAAGAGACUCAUUGAGAUUCAUUAUCAGCAAUGGACUGUCCACGAGAAAUGGAAGUCUUGAGAUCAUCAUUAAGAAAAUUGAUCGCAUCCCACCCACACUGAUGAGCAACAAAGGGAUCCGAUUAGUUGAAGGCUCCAUGGUGUCCAUUCCUCCUGAUGUGUUACAGCUGUCUGAUCCUGAUACCCCUCCACAGAACCUCACCUACAUCAUUGCACAGCAGCCACAGCAUGGACAACUGCACCUCAAAGGGACUGUUCUAAAGCAGCACAACUUCUCCCAGUUAGAUGUUGACAACAUGGAUGUUGCGUACAAACAUGCUGGAGGAGAUUUGCAGAUUGACAGCUUUACUUUUGUUGUCACUGAUAUGACAAAUCAUGGCUUUCUUGUCAAUGGAAAAUUGCAGACUGAACCGUCCACAUUCACAAUUCAGGUGGACCAUGAGGACAAGGCUUUCCCAAGAAUUGUCUACCUUCAGUGUCCAUCAAAAGUUGAAGUGUUCAAAAAUCAAAAGUAUGGAAUAUAUAUUUCCUCUCGACACUUGAAAGCAUCUGAUCGUGAUAGUAAAGAUGAAGAACUCAUUUACCAUAUUUUACGUGCGCCAAAUAUUGGUUACUUGGAAAAUGUUACCGCUGGGGGAUUUAUUUGGAAUAAGUUCACACAGAAAGAUUUGAACAGCAGAAACAUCAUUUACAUCAUAAAUGCUUCCUCAGCAGUAAUGUCGGACAGUUUGGAGUUUCAGGUUUCGGACUCCUCGGGCAACUCUGCUCUCCCGCAAAUACUUGAUCUCAAAUGGUCUCGUGUUGAAAUGAUAGAAUCAGAGUACCGGGUGUGUGAAGAUGUCGGACUGUUCUCUGUAAAAGCCCUGAGGACAGGAUAUUUUAUGGAUUCUGCCUUUGUUGGGAUAAAGGUCAACAGCAUUUCAGCUUCGGUUGGAAAAGAUUUUACUCACAGUUCUGCCAACCUUAUCCAGUUUGAUCCAGGCGUAUCAGUGAAGAGUUGGAAUAUAGUCAUUAUUGAUGACAAAUUGGAAGAAAAUGAGGAAAUAUUUGAAGUGUUACUAGCAUCGCCAAUCAAUGUAGUUCUUGGUGCGAAGGCAAAGACAUUGAUUAAGAUCAUUGAUGGAGGAAAAGAUCACUGCAGUGUUACCUUCACGAAUGACACAAGUGAAGAGAAUCCACCAGACAGAGGGAGACUUGCUUCAGGUCCCUCGACCCUCCUGAAUCUCAAGAGUAACAAUGGCCUAGUGGAAGGAAUGGCAGUGACUAACUUGAAUGAAGAUGUGAAAGAGUCCGAAGGGGAUGUGAUGCAACAGUUCCCUCUGAAACUACCCUCCAAGAAGAAACUAAUGUACCAUGGAUUAAUAGCACUGAAAGUUGGAGGUGACCACAGUCAUUCAAUGUCCAAUAGAAGAGCAAAAGUGGUGAUCACCAGCCAGAGUCAACAGCAUUUUCCUGGUAAAACAAAUCUUCCACAGACUGUCAAAGUCACAACAGUGCCAGUUUCACAACAGAUUCCUGUACAACAGGAGCUAAGUUUCAAAAAAUGUCCCUUUGGGUGGACCUACCAUGAUGAUAGAUGCUAUUAUCUAAACACUAAACAAAAGGCAACCUGGACUGGAGCAGCCAGAGCCUGCAAGCAAAAGUACCAUGGCAACCUUGUGAGUGUCAUUUCAAAACAAGACAUGGAAUGGUUGUGGGACUUCAGUGGAAGACGUUCUUUCUGGAUUGGACUCAAUGACCGAAUCAGCCCAGGCAAAUGGAAUUGGGCUGGAGGAGAACAUUUGUCUUUCACAAACUGGAAGCGAGGCCUCCCUCCCACUUCAAGGAAGAAAGGCAAAAACUGUGUUCUAGUGAGCAGAAGAGGGAAGUGGCAGGUGAAAAAUUGCAAGUGGGGCAAACCACAUUACUACAUGUGCUCUGUUCAUUAAUAGAGACAAAGAUAUUCAUACUGUUGUCAACAUGUAUAUAUUGUAGUACAACAAUAUUUAUUUGCAAUAAAUUGAA